CUCUACUGUAUUUGAAAUUCUUUGCCAAAAAUCUGAAUGAAAUGAACACUGCCUUCUUUUCCAGAAACAAAAGCCAAAAAUCUCUGCAUCUCGCAGACUGUUCUUAAAGACCAAACUGCUAAAGAAGGCCAUGACUAUGCUGGAGAAUGAAAAACAAGUCAGAAAAGAUGAACGAGAGAGAAUCCUCGCUGAGAGAGUCCCAGGCCUCCAACUGUCAGGCCUGUCUCUGCAGGAUCUACAGAAUCUUUGCAAAGAACUACACCAGAAAAUCGAUGUGGUUGAUGAAGAGCGGUAUGACAUUGCUGCUAAAGUGUCAAAAAAUGAAAGGGAAAUACAGGACCUGUCUCAGAAGAUCUUUGAACUGAAGGGCAAGAUGAAGAGACCAAACCUGAGGAGGGUGAGGGUGUCUGCUGACGCCAUGCUGGGAGCUCUGCUGGGCUCGAAGGUCAAAGAGUCUGUGGACUUCAAGGCCAACCUCAAGACUGUAAAGAAGGAGGAGGAGAAGAAAGAGGAGGUGACCGACUGGCGUAAGAACGUGGAUGCCAUGUCUGGCAUGGAGGGCAGAAAGAAGCUGUUUGACGCUGGGCAGUAGAUUUGAAGUGAAUAUCUUUGUGAAGAUGUUUAAUGCACAACAACAGGUGGAACCAGUGAAUCAUGUGACUAUUGUUCAAUUUAUAAUGACAGUGAAAAUGAAGACCAGUUUAACAAGAAGGCUCUGGCAAAUUCAUGUUUCAGCGGUUUGUGAAAAUGGCAAUAGUGAACAUCUUCUUGAGGAAUACAUACUGUUUUUUACAUAAUGACGUGAUACAAACUAUUAUGAAAAACAUAUGUAUUUAAUGUAUUUGAUUUAAUGGAUUUGUACUGCUUUUGUAGUUUAUAGCAUAUGAAUUCAUGAACACUGCACCACUAUUGGCUGUCCAUAUCUGUAAAAAAAUAGGCAAUAAUCAGAGGAAAUGCAGAUGGGUGUAUGUGCAGACAAAUAUGAAUCUUUAUGCUUUGUUGCCUACAAAAGCAUCCUCAAGCAUCAUAAAAGAUGAAGAACAUUUGCGUUAGUUUUCCACAAGGACAAUUUGAUGGUUGGACUGAGAAAGAGAAUGAAUACACAUUCCAGGGACAGAUAAUUUUGGCAGUCUACUGUUCAUGGAGUCGCAUCAGGGUGCGCAUCUCUGAAAAUGAAUGUGACAUUACAAUUAUCAUAUUAUGAUGAGAGGAAGCAGUGUUGUGACUUGUCCAGCAAAUAAUAAAAUGUAACUGACAUUG